AUGGAGUCCCCCACCAAGCACACGCAUGUGCCACGAUAUGCACCCAACUAUUAUGACAACACAGCCAAAAAUAUCAACCUAGAUGAGGAAGUACGGCUAUUUAGCAACAACAAGGAAAGAGACAAGUAUGACAAUAUGGCCGACUUGUUUGCCAUAAUCGUGCUGAUGGAGCACCUGGAGAAGGCCUUCAUUCGCGAUUCUAUUACAGCUGAAGAGUACACACCACAAUGUGCCAACCUUAUUGCAAAGUACAAAACGACCAUGAACUUUUUAUCUGACAGCGUGAACAAUCUCGAGACGUUUAUGGAUGAUUACAAGCUUUCAUGUCCAGCAGCUGUGAAUCGAUUCAAGAUUGGAGUACCAGCAACCUAUGAACAUGCAGUGGGAGACAACAAACAAGAUGUGGGCAAGUCUGCAAAAUACAUUGCCGAGAGUGUAUUGCAUUUUAUUACAUUGAUGGAUACGUUGCGACUGAAUCGAUAUGCGGUGGACGAGCUACAUCCCAUUCUAGCUGAUUUGAUUCAAUCUCUGAACAAUGUGCCUGGGUUGCCAGGGGACUUUGAAGGAAGAUCCAAGGUGCGACAAUGGCUGAUUACACUCAAUUCAAUGAAGGCCAGUGAUGAGAUUACAGAAGAGCAAGCACGUCAAAUGCUAUUUGAGAUGGAGCAAUCACAUACCGAGUUUUAUCGAUUAUUAAGUGGAGAUCAAAAGGGGAUCAAUGUAGAAUGA